AUGAUUUGUUUCCUGGAACAUUGUUUCGUACGUAAGCAUAGAAAAUUCAACGUGUCGUUGUUUUAUUUCGAAACGUGACUUCUCAAACCUGUUGUUAAUGCCUUUCAUUUUCUGUUUAAGCCGGCGGUCAAAACGGAAGCGAGGAUGGGAACGGAAAUGAAAGUGGAAAUGAAAAUGAAAAUCGAAAUGGAAGUGAAAAUAAAUCCAGACUUGUUGUUUUAGUGGUAACGCGAGAAUAUACAGAGAUGACACGGGCCUGUUUCACGCGAAAUACGCGAAGUUUGCGUUCGAGAACUUUCCCGAGUUGGCCUUGAUUUCCAUAAGCAUGAAGAAACACGUAUGUAGCUGCGGCAAAGUGUAUAAUCAAAAGAGUUCUCUCGAUCGGCAUCAACGAUACGAGUGUGGGAAAAUGCCGAACGUGCCGUGCCUGCAGUGCGGGAAAAUGUUCAAAUACAAGCAUCACGUGACACAGCACUUGAAAAGCUGCCGCAUCAGAGAUUUAAGAAACCAGAACUUCCCCAAUUAA